AAAGAACACAAGAGCUUGCCUGCCGGGAAGUAUGUUUACUUCCCAACCUCACGAAUCUUCUUCCCUCCUUCAAUUUUUCUUCUGUGGCUUUUCUGCAACCAGCAGAGGAAACACAGACCGUUAUGGGACUCUUUCCAAAUCACUCCAGUUUCCAAAGCUUCAGUAAGAUUUGCCAAGGCAUCACAAGUGGAUUUCCGAUGUGCUCCUUGUGUUUGGUUUGUGAAUCCAAAGGAGACGUGGAUCUCAUUUCUCAGGAACAAACACCAAAAGGUCUUAUCACGAGGGGAUCAAUGGAAGUGAAGGCAAAUGACUUUUACUCACCCUGUCAGCAUUUUAAUGUCACGGUCGCUCUUCUAGUUGACCCUAUGAAGGAAUACAACACUACCUGUACCCCUGAAUACCACCCUGGAAAAUCUACAACUGUAGAAGAAGAGCCAAGCAGGGAAAAUUCUCUAAACCAUACUUGCGGGAUUGUGGGAAACAUGAGUAAUUGUACUCAUGUCUUCUUGCACCUAGCAAUGGAUGUGAAAUCUGUCACUUGUUCCGUGAAGAUCACUUGGUACAUUUUAGUGCUAUUAGUUUUUAUGCUCAGUAUCAUCCUCAUUAUCCACAAAAUACUUGAAGACCACAGGAGAAUGCAGAGGUGGCAGAGUCAUAAAUACAAAUCUACAUCCGUUCUCUUAAGAGGAAGUGACUCUGCGGAGCUGAGCGCUUUGAACACGAGGGUUAUUCCAG